GAAAAGGCCCCGUUUCUGCUCUGGUUUGACCUGAUGUGACGUGCAGCUGCAUGGGUGGUUGCGUUGGCAUGACUGGCAUGGGCCGAGGACGUGGGACCUCAACCCUGGCCAUGCUGGGCUGGCAGCAUCUCUUGUCGUGCUGGCAUGGGCGCCCCGUCCCCCGCCAUCCCCAUGAGUGUGCAGAACCAGCUGGAAACGAGCCCUCGCUCCCUCUCCCUGCUUCUGCCCCACUUUGCUACUUACAUCAAAACCAACAUGUUUUCAAAUGUAUUUCAAUUUUUAAUGAAAUUUUCUGCAUUUAUGCUUUUUUUGGCCUUGGUACGUUGGUAUUUUGGCCACCACCCACUGGUUGGUUUUCCCUGGGAUCGGUGUUGGCUCUGUGUUCCCCUUUGCCUUGACAUUGGGGUGCAUUGCACCAAGCCGGCUGUAAUGGGGGCACCGUGGCAGGAUCCCAGCAGUGCCCAUGUCCCUGCCAGCGUCCCCAGCAGCACGGCCCCAUGCCUGCCCUGCCAACCCACUCCCCAGCAGGUUUGCCUGUCCGUAAAGCACCGCAAAUGCAGCAGCCGCAGCCCUGGCGUGGCUGUGAAGCCGGACAGGUGGCAGGCGGCAGGCAGGGGACCUGCUGUGGUGAGACACCCAUUUCUGAUGGGUGGUUUUCAGUUGCUGGUCAGAAAGGAGCUGCCUGGAAAACCCAACAGGUUUAACCAAGGGAAAAAGUGCAUAGCCCUUGACUUGGAGAGCUCUUUUAAGCAGCCCUUCAUCUCCUCUCUCCCAUCCCACCAGCAGGUUGGUUUUUUUUUUCUUAAACCCCAACUCUGCUGACUUGAAUAAUUGCCUUUCAACACUGGUUAAUUAAGAGACAUUGACAAGCAUGAUUGUAAGUUCAAGUGUAGACAGAGUUCUUGCAGGAUGCUGGGAGCUGUUUUUAGUCAUGCAUCCAUCGAGCUGCUGCGCUGAUCCACCUCCACCUCCAGCACCCAGACGCUGAAAUGGUGCUCCUCUUCCAGGAGGCCAAUAAAACUCUAUGGAGAUGAGCUGCUUUGGAGAUCUUAUGAGUCAAGCCGUUACAUUUUUGGAACAUCAUGAUGUUGAAGUUCCUUUUCUAUUUUUUGCCCAACUUCCCAGGGAAAAAAAAAAAAAAUUAAGAAGCUGUGCUCUGCUUUGGGAUGAGAGACAGUGCCAAGGUGGAAAGAAAGGAGGGAGAGGUUGGAGAUCAGGCUUGGCCUUGUUGGGAAAGGGCUGGGAGGAUCCUUGUGCAUCAGGCAGCAACCCGUCCCCGGGGUGCUUUGGGGGCACCCAUGGGGCAUCCGGCACAUUUUGGGGUGGCUGCCGCAGCCCCUGCAUAGCCGUGGCACGGGGCUCACCCCCCACUCCCAUGGGGGUGGCUCGUGUGCACCCUCCAGCAGGGCCGCUCUCAGCCUCUGUCUUCAGCAGCCGUGGGCUCACUGCCCACGAAACACCCACAGCUGCAGCCGCUGAGCGCCUGCGCUGCGUCCCCGGCUGCCCGUGUUCCCGGCUCUGUCCCGGUGCCCAUCAGACCCCCAGGUGCCGUUGGUCCUGGAGGCAAGCGGGAUGCAUUGUGAGCGGGAGGUUUUUUUCCCCCGGUGAGACGCUGCAUUAAAAAUCUAAAUAUAAACCAGCGCCCGCUUGACUACUGUCCCAUGAUUUUUGUCAAUCAUCUGCUACAAAGUCAAAAGCAGCCGAUUUAUCUGCUGAGGUACCCACCGGCCCUGGGGGGCUCGUGUCUCUGCUCGGGGCUCGCUCUGCGCAGGGUGACAGUGCUGCGCUUGUGUGCGCUUGCAGCGUGGGGUGGCUCGGUGAGGUGCUGGGUCUGUGCUCUUGGGGAUGAGGGAGGGCGAUGCCGUGUCCUCAGGGCAUCAGAGGACACCCUGGGGUGGUUUCGCUGCAGUGGGGUGGCUGAGUUCAAGCUUGACACUUGUUGUGUAGAUGGUCAGGGUGAGGAAAAACUGCUGCUGGUUUGUUGGGCGUGAGGAACGUCAGUGCUGUCCGUGUGCCGCGGGCCGGGCUCUGCACCAGAGCCUCUGGUGCCCUGGUAGGGGAAAGCUGAGCGUCGGUGCCGAUGGAUGGGCAGAGGCAUGUGGCGGGCUGAUUUGCUGCAGAGCCAAUGUGUCCUGCUCGGUGCCUGCAGCAUGGCUCUGACCCCGCUCUGGAGCAUCAUGGCUUGCAGGCAGGCUUGGUGCUGGAGGGGGCUGCAGUGCUCUGCAAAGGCAAGAGGGGACAGGACCGGCUCCUGGGGUCCCCACUGGGGACUGUGGCAGCAGUGGGGAGCCCCAGGGGGUCUCAGCUCCUGUCCUGCACAGUGGCUGUGAACACACCAGGGCCGAGGAAAUGUGUGUGUGUGUCCCCACGUCCCUGUCCUUCUGGCUCCGCCAUUCCCCAAGCCCUCACUUGGCCCCCAGAUAUCCCCCUAAGUUGGAGGCACAGGGGCUGCUGCCCCCCACACCUGCCCCUGCAGAGGCUGGAGCAUCCUCUCCAGAGCCAUUGGCCUGGUGGCCUCUGGGAACAGAGGGGUGGCACCCAGUGGGUGCUGCUCGGCCCUGCCCCAAGCAGCCUGGUGUCCCUCUGCAAGGUGCCAUGGCUCCCAGCUCUGGGGAUGGGGUGGGAUGGGAUGGGGUGCAGUGGUUUUGCAGCACCCACCAAAAGCAGUGACGUGCCUCUGCCUUACAGUGCAGCCAUGAGCGCGGGUUCGAUUGAGCAAGAGCCGUCGCGCAAGCUGGCCUGCUGUGGGGUGCCCCUCAUCACCGAGGACAUGCAGUCCCUGGCCAUCCGCACCCUCUCGGGCACCGACAUCAGCAAGCACUACGACCUCAUCCGCGAGCUUGGCAAGGGCACCUACGGCAAGGUGGACCUGGUGUCCCACAAAAGCACAGGCACCAAGAUGGCCCUGAAGUUCGUCAACAAGAGCAAGACGAAGCUUAAGAACUUCUUGCGGGAGUUCAGCAUCACCAACACACUCUCCUCCAGCCCCUUCAUCAUCAAGGUCUUCGAUGUGGUCUUCGAGACCGAGGACUGCUAUGUCUUCGCUCAGGAGUAUGCCCCCGGCGGGGACCUCUUUGACAUCAUCCCGCCGCAGGUGGGGCUCCCCGAGGAGCUGGUGAAGCGCUGUGUACAGCAGCUGGGCCUGGCCCUCGACUACAUGCACAGCAAGAGCCUGGUGCACCGGGACAUCAAACCAGAGAACGUCCUGCUCUUCGACCGCGACUGCCGCCGCAUCAAACUGGCCGACUUCGGCAUGACCCGCAAGGUGGGCUGCCGGGUCAAGCGCAUCAGCGGCACCAUCCCCUACACGGCGCCUGAGGUUUGCCAGGCCGGGCGGGCGGAGGGCUUCGCUGUGGACACCAGCAUCGACGUCUGGGCUUUCGGGGUGCUCAUCUUCUGCGUCCUCACAGGGAACUUCCCCUGGGAGGCGGCGGCGGCUUCCGACGCUUUCUUCGAGGAGUUUGUGCGGUGGCAGAAGGGGCGGCUGGCGGGGCUGCCCUCGCAGUGGCGGCGCUUCACGGACAGCGCCCUGCGCAUGUUCCAGCGCCUGCUGGCCCUCGACCCCGAGAAGCGCUGCCCCGUCAAGGAGGUCUUCUACUUCAUCAAGUGCGACCUGAUGGCCGAGGUGCGGCGCCGGCCCUCCUACCGCUCCCGCAAGCACGCUGGGGACAAGCUCCCGGCCGGUCCCCACCGCCACGAGGCGGCUGGUUCCUGCACCCCUGCCCCGCUCAAGAGGACCGUCCUGACCGAAGGGAGCGGACCCCGCGGCUCCGAGCCAAGCGCAGCCCCCCCGGGCACAGCGAGCAGGACAGACGGACGGCAGGACAAAGGCAAGGGGCAGAUGGUCCUGGCCACAGCAAUAGAGAUCUGCGUCUGACGGUGCCGGGGUGGCACGUGGUGGCCACCCGUCUGUCCCGGCCUGUCCCCCGGCCCCAGGGACAGGAAUGGGGGGUGCUGGUCGUGGUGGUGGCACGAGCCGGGACCAGGCUCCAUGUCUCCCAAAGCAA